ACUGGUUUAACAGUUGAACACAGUUUUACACCGGUUUUGCACAGUUUUACACAAUGUUACACUGGUUUUACACAGUUUUACACAAUGUUACACUGGUUUUACACAGUUUAACACUGUUUUACAUGGAUUUGCACUGGUUUUACACAGUUUUACACCGGUUUCACAUGCAUUUACACUGGUUUUACACAGUUUUACACUGGUUUCACAUGGAUUUACACUGGUUUUACACUGGUUUCACAUGGAUUUACACCAGUUUUACACAGUUUUACACUGGUUCCACAUGGAUUCACGCUGGUUUUACACACUUUUACACUGUUUUCACAUGGAUUUACACUGGUUUUACACAGUUUUACACUGUUUUCACAUGGAUUUACACUGGUUUUACACUGGUUUCACAUGGAUUUACACUGGUUUUACACUGGUUUCACAUGGAUUCACGCUGGUUUUACACACUUUUACACUGUUUUCACAUGGAUUUACACUGGUUUUACACAGUUUUACACCAGUUCCACAUGGAUUUACACUGGUUUUACACAGUUUUACACCAGUUCCACAUGGAUUUACACUGGUUUUACACAGUUUUACACCAGUUCCACAUGGAUUUACACUGGUUUUACACAGUUUUACACCAGUUCCACAUGGAUUUACACUGGUUUUACACAGUUUUACACCGGUUCCACAUGGAUUUACACUGGUUUUACAUCGGUUUCACAUGGAUUCACGCUGGUUUUACACAGUUUUACACCGGUUCCACAUGGAUUUACACUGGUUUUACACAGUUUUACACCGGUUCCACAUGGAUUUACACUGGUUUUACAUUGGUUUCACAUGGAUUCACGCUGGUUUUACACUGUUUUCACAUGGAUUUACACCGCUUCCACAUGCUUCCGCCCGCCCCUACCAUACCCCCACACCGCAUGGCCGCGCCGCGUCCCCUUUUAUCGCGACACACCCACGACAACUCCCCCAUCCCGAGCUGGAACCACCCCCCCACCGUUCCCCAUCCACUCGUAUCGGGCUCCAUUUUCCCCUCCCGCGUGGGCCGGGGCCAGGCAGCGCUGCGGAGCCACCGAGCGCAUCCACCGGGCGGCGGCGGCGGCGGCGGCGGCGGCGGAGGAGGAGGAGGAGGAGGAGGAGGCCGGGGGGGGCGGCGGAGGGAGGGAGCAGUUGAAUUCAAACACAAACAACCGCAUGGGGCGCGGACCCUCCGCCGCUCCGCGCCGCCUCUAACGCCGCGGGGCCGGGGCUGCCCCCCCCCCGCCGCCGCGCCCCCCCCAUAGGGCUCGUUACCGGGCGCCGCCGCACCGGGGGGCAGGAGGAACCUUCGGGUCCCCUCCUCCUCCUCCUUCCCCCCCCCCCCCUCCCCGCGGUGCUUUGCCGUGCGGAUCCCUCCUGCUUUAGGGGUUCGCGUCCUAAAGUUCGGCUUUAACCCCCCCCUUUCCCUUUCCCCUUCUCCCCUUUCCCCCUUUCCCCUUCCCCUCCGUUGCACCGGGAGCAGCCGCCAGCGAAGAUGUCCCGGUCCAACCGGCAGAAGGAAUACAAAUGCGGGGACCUGGUCUUUGCCAAGAUGAAGGGUUACCCGCACUGGCCCGCCCGGAUUGACGAGAUGCCGGAAGCCGCCGUCAAAUCCUCCUCCAACAAAUACCAAGUGUUCUUCUUCGGGACCCACGAGACAGCGUUCCUGGGGCCCAAAGACCUCUUCCCCUACGAGGAAUGCAAGGAGAAGUUUGGGAAGCCCAACAAGCGGAAAGGCUUCAGCGAAGGCUUGUGGGAGAUCGAGAACAACCCAACAGUCAAAGCCUCUGGCUACCAGCCCACCCAGAAGAAGACCUGCCCCGAGGACGCCGAGCGGGAGCCGGAGGGCGACGGGGAGAAGAAGGGCAACGCCGAGGGCAGCAGCGACGAGGAGGGGAAGCUGGUGAUCGACGAGCAAUCCAAGGAGAAGAACGAGAAAGCCGGGAUCAAGAGGAAAGCAGAAGAUGCUUCCGAGAACUCCCCCAAACGCCCCAAGGAAGCGGAGGGGCAGGAAGGGGUGAAGAUGGACAACGAGGAGCCCCCCAAGGAGGAGCCGAAGCCCAACGCGGGCGAUGGGGAGAAGAACAGCGCCGCCGGCGCGCCCGACGCCACCGAGGCCAAGGAGACGGGCACGGGGGAGGUCAGAGACCACAAGGAGAGCCUGUAGCGGGCUCCCCGGCGCGCCGGUCCCGUCCCCGAUGGGCUCCUUUGGGUGCUGCUCGUUGCGUGCGAAGCUCCGGCUGAGGAAAAACCCACCCGAACCCGCGAUUGAAACCAGGAACCAAGAGCCGAGGAAUGAAUUGAGCCCCCGGGGGGAGAGCCCCGAGCCCCGGCCCGCGCCCCCCCCGGCGCGGUGCAUGCUUCUGUAGUGUGAGUCCUAGGGGCUGAGCAGUUGAUUGAUUGGAAAUAAAAGCGAUUCAUGCCUUUUUAAAGCGCUU